GGAUUUCCCGUCAGAGAGAUUCUCUUGCCACCUCAGAGGCCAUAAAUAAAAAGGUCCAAAGAUCAGGGAGAUGCAGAGGAACAGGUAGGUUGAUUGGAGAGCAGUGGCAGUGCAGUCUUCUCCACCAGCAGAGCUGCACCACUCCUGCACCACCACUCCCUCAGACAAACGGAGUGAGCACGCCACCAUGGAGAGGAAGAGUAUUCUCAAAUCUUCUAAAAGAGUGAACAUACUAAAGGGUGACAGCAGCACCACCCAGAGCAGCUCCAUCGGGGCUGUACGCUGGACCCUGCCCGAGGAAGACGUCCAGAUUCACAGCUCGGCCCCCAGUAGACCCGCCAGCGCCAACAACCUCAGCAAACCCUCACAGCAACAUCAUCGUCAGAACGGCCUGAAGGAUCUACGCAGCCUGCAGGAGUGUGUGCAGUUCAUCCAUCACUGGAAGAAGCAAGUGGACCGAGUCUGCAAGGAGUCCACACCAGUGACUGAUCCAGAGGAGGGCACCAGUAAGAAAGAAGCCCAGGACUCAGACCGGCGUACUGAGCGCAGUCUAGAGGAGAGCAGGAAACUGAUCCUGGAGUGGGCUGACGAACUCCACCAUGUGAACAAGCUGAUGAAGGAGACGCCCUGUGCGUCCGAGAGAGAAGACACUAAAAGUAAAGAAGAGGACACCAACGAGGAGAAACAAAUGAGGAUCAUGGACUGGGCAAAGGAGCUGCAGACGGCGACUGAGAACUGUGGCGUGCAGAGCGACGAGCUGGGCAAAGUGUUGCGUCUGCUGGGCCUGAAGAAGAAGCGGCUGGUCAACCUGCUGCCGCUGCUGGAGUUCAUCACCUGGUCUCUGCUCAAAGACGACAGCACGAAAAUGAUUCCGCAGUUAUGGUUACUGGCAAAACAACGGACCUGGAAAGCAGGGAUCCCGAGAUACAUCCCCAACUUAGUCUGGAGUUGGAUUUGCAGUGCAGCAGCUGAUGUGAUUCUGGACCCCAUGACUAACCACCCCUGGCUGCGGCUGUCAGAGAACCAGCGUGCGGUCCAAGAGGACCUCUUGGAGUCCGACCUGCCUUACAGCUCCCAACGCUUCGACAGCUGGCCCUGCGUGCUGGGCUGGGAGGGCUACAGCAGCGGCCGCCACUACUGGGAAGUGGACAUAUCCAAAAAUGGCUACUGGCGCAUGGGAUUGACCACCGCCGACUCCAAGCGUCUCGGCCGGUUCCCCAUGACCCCAGGGCAGGGCUACUGGGUCCUGUGGCGCAGCACCAACCAGUUCUACAUCUGCACCAAGCCGGAAACUCAACUGCCCAUCAGCCUUGUGCCCAAACGUGUCGGGAUCUACUUAGACUACGAAGAGGGCCAGAUCUCCUUCUACAACGCAGAAACAAAGUCCCACAUCCACACCUUCACUGGAAGCUUCCGAGGGAAGCUGUACCCUCUGUUCGCCCCGAUGGAUGGUCGCACAGUCAUGACGAUCCAGCAUGAAAACACUGAGAGGGAAUCUUUGGAGCAUUCAUUUUGAAUCCAUUGAAAAGCACAAGCUCUGACUUUCAAAACUAUAUACACGCUAUGCUUUAAAUAUUCUCCCCUUGAAGAUGAAUUUAAAAUCUCUUAAGCUUCAGUUAAACACAGUGUAAGGCACAAAGACUGAACUAUAUCAAAGUGCUGAUGAUAUUGUGAACAGAUGACACUCUAAAACCUCAUGAUAUAAGUGGAGAUUAGAAGAUGACAAACAAAAAAUGUUGAAAACUCAACGUUGAGUAAGUA